AUGGAUGUCAAUGUGCGAGCGAUUCGCUUCUUGGAACAGCUGAAUGAGAAAGAUGAGGCAAGGUUUUACCUCGACUUUGUGGACUGGCACUUAAGAGCCGCAGAGAUGUGCAGAGGCAAGCUGCAGAAGUCUUCCGGCAAGGACAACAGCAGCUCCGAAAGGCUCAGUUUGGUGCACAUCGAUCUCGAGCAGUAUGACAAAGCGAUUGAAGGCUUCACGCAGGCAUUGGAGAAGCGUUUGGCAACGCCGUACAAGGCCUUUUUUCACCGUGGGAUUUGCUACCGCAGAGUUGGACACAUUUCAGAGUCGAUACAGAAUCUGAAGGAAGCGAUUAACUUGGACACGACCAGUGCGGAAGCUCACAAUCAUCUUGGACUGUCUCACAUCAAAGAGCAAAACUUUGAAGAAGCCAGGAAAUGCUUUGCAAACGCCGUCGAGCUGGAUCCUUGUUCAAGGUAUCUAAACAAUCGUGGUCUGGCUUGCUAUCACUUGGAGAAGUACACGGAUGCAGCCGAAGACUUCACGGCAGCCUUGGAGGCUGAGCCGGGAAACGCAUCCGUCCUUUUUAACAGGGGAAAUGCUUCUUUUCAACUUGGCUGCCACAGAGACGCCUUGGCUGACUAUAGCGAGGCUAUUCGCCUGGAGCCGGAAAACGCCACUUACCUCCAUCACAAGGGCUUGGCCUUUCAGGGCUGCGGAGAAGUGCGCCAAGCCAUUUCUUGUUACGAAGAGGCUUUGCGCUGUGAUGCAGGGCAUCAUCCGUCAAGGUUUCACCUUGGCAUCAUGUACCAUGCAGAUGGACAGUAUGACCGUGCUUUGGAAGCCUUCAACGGGGGUGUUCCAGCAGAUGAAGCUCUUCAUGAGGCACGAGGCCUUGUCUACAGAGACAUGGGCGACUAUCAGACAGCGCUUGUGGACUUUGAUGCAGUUAUUCAGCUGGAACCACAGAAAGGAAGGCACUACUACAAUCGCGGGGUUGUCUAUCAUCGCAUGGGACGUGAAGAGGAUGCGAUUGAGGAUUUGUCGAGAGCAAUAGACCUGGGCAGCACCGAGGCCGCUGUUUUCAGCGAGCGCGGACUGGCAUGGAGAUCUUUCGGCAACAUGGCUCAGGCCGUGAUCGACCUCACAGCUGCAAUAGAAGCUGAUGGCACCCAAACACUCUAUUUGUCAAAUCGAGGGCAAUGCCUCUUUGAGCAGGGACUCUAUGAUAGGGCUGAGGCUGAUUUGAGUCGUGCGCUGCAGAUCGAUGGUCGUGAUGCCGAAUUGCUUUACAGGCGUGGAAUCACGCGCUACGCGCAGAGACAUUAUGCUGAGUCUAUAGCUGACCUGAAAGCUGCAUUGUCACAGGGGCCAAUCGCAGGACACGAGGCAGAGGUGUACUAUCAUCUCGGUGUCUCCUAUGCCAACUUGGGCAAGCAUAAGCUCGCCGUGCCUGCGUACGACCAAGCCAUGAGCCUCACUCGGGAGGAACGGCCUCACUAUUUGCAUGAACGUGCGAAAAGCUUACAGAUAAUUGGAGAGCACAAGAGAGCCUUGGACGACUUCUCGAAGGUGAUUGACAUGCAGCCAACAAAUGCACGUGCGAUGUUCAGGCGAGCCUUCAGCUUCAAGGCAGAAGGAAUGUACGAAGCCGCAGCGGAAGAUUUCGAGGCCGCCAAAGAGUUUGCACCAGAUGAUCCUCGUUUGGUGAUCAACUACCGUAAGGCCAUCUGA